AAGCACUGAGCAUCUCCAAAGUUGGAGUGUCCAUCAAAGAAAGGUGUAACUCGAGACCCGUUUACUGUCUAUCGUAACAGAUGCCUAUGCAGAAGAAAUCGUUGCUGUCAACUGUUAAAUUAGGAACCACAUGCAUAGGGCCUUUUGACCAGCGCAUCGGAGAAAUCUUGGUGAUAUGGAACGGCUGAAGAGAGCCAUCCUGAUCCAUGACCCAUGUCUCCGAGCCAGUUGAUGAAAAUGAGCCGAUCAGAAUCUUAAAGCGAAUUCACAUGGGAGGCGCUCCUGAACAGCCUGUUUGCGACAUCACGUGUGGCUGGCUACAACCUCGGCAGAUUCCCAAUAUGGGCGAUCAGCACACGUGCGGCCAUGACGCAGGCGGACACUCAAUAGCCAAUAGCAGAACAUACAAUCACCGGCGGAUGACCCUGCAGAGCAUCAUCUGGCCGAGGUGUUUCGCGUGUGUGCUGCAGUUAAUAUUUUGGGGGGACAUGGGCAGCCAGCCAGUCAUCAAUCACCAUGGCUGCUUUUUGGGCUGCGCAUGUGAAAGAUGGCCACAUACCACCCCGCAAGCGUCACUACUGCUCUACUUGUCAUCAAUAAAUCUACCGACAUUAACAAGCACUAAGACCUUGAGAACGGGGCUCAGUGGGCUCUUUUGGGCUGUUCCUCCGAAAGGGAUAUCCACUACCUGUACAUUUUUCAUGCCAUUUACUGGCUGUGCUGGAUAGCGCAGGCAUAUCAUCACUUCUUGUCCUCGUUAUAUCCUGGAACUCCGAGGUGGAUGGAUCCGCUCGUUGUGCCGAAUUUCCUAAACCUAUAUCUAUCCCCGAAUCCUCUCUUCUGUCUUACCCCAGAUUGUUUUCCUGUCCCUCCCUUUUUUGACCACACUCUGCCCCAUAGCCCGGAUAGCUUGUUGACCUAACUGCGUGGGUUGCA